AUGGUUAAUUUAUAUUUUUUAAAUGGUUAUUUAUUAUAAUACUCCUAUUGUCUAAACAACUUUAUGUUUUGGAUCUAGUUCAUUAGGAGAAGUUUUUUUACUUUAUUAAAACCCAUAAGAAAAAAAAAAAAUUUUUAUUUGAAUAUGAUUUCAAAUCUUAGUUAAAGUUCAAUUUUUUGUAUAGUAAUUUUAUUUGUAAUUAAUGAUCAAAAAAACAUUAAAUUUAUAGAUAAGAAAGAAGAUGUUUUUGGUUGGUUAAUAAUAUCCUUGGCCUUACUAGCAAUUUUUGUUGAAUUAUGCUCUUUAACAAUUGAAUUGAUUCUUCACUUUUAUUUUAUAUUCAAAAAGAUCAAAGAAAAAUUUUAAAACUAUUUUAUUAAAACUAAUACAAUUAACGAAUCGCAGAAAAAUGAAACUAUUCAAAAAACUGUUAAUUGUUCAAAUAUUAAAAAAGAUUAAUCAUAUUUUUAAAUAGUUUUAUUUUGA